GAGUGACGUGCGGCCCCUAGCCCUCGGCGCUCUUGGCCACACUCGACAUUGGCCACGGCCGCUUCGGCAGAGCGAUGACUGAGGAGGACUCUGAACCCUCUGUCUCCGAGUUGCAGGUGGAGGAGGAGAACGAGCUGUCAGUUAUCCAGCUGUGUGGGCUGGUGGAAGAGCUGAGCUAUGGAAACUCUGCCCUCAAAACUGAGACAGAGAUGUUUGAGAAAUAUUACAGUAAACUGGAGCCCAGGGAUCAAGUGCCACGAUCAUCAGAAAUUAAAACACUGGGAGCAGAAUUUGCACAAGCUGUCAUUGAGGAAGCAGAAAUGCGAUGGACUGAAGUUCAGAGAGCGGUACAGGAGUUUAAAAAAGAUAUUCUAAAAACCAUAUCCAAGAAGAAAGGGAGUAUUUUGGCCACUGAGAAACUGAUGAAGUACAUUGAGGACAUGAACCGCCAGAGGGAUAAUAUGAAGGAUAAAUUACGUUUGAAAAAUGUUUCUCUCAAAGUCCAAAGGAAAAAGAUGCUUUUACAAUUGAGGCAGAAGGAAGAGGUAGGUGAGGCUCUCCAUGAAGUUGAUUUUCAGCAGCUGAAGAUCGAGAAUGCUCAGUUUUUAGACACAAUUGAAGCAAGAAAUCAAGAACUGAUCCAGCUGAAACUGGUAUCUGGGAACACCUUGCAAGUCCUCAACACAUACAAAAGCAAGCUACAGCGAGCAACAGAAAUGUCCAUCAAUCUGGACAAGGAGAUCUUGCUGAGAAAUGAAUUACUUGAAAAAAUUGAAAGAGAAACCCUACAAGCAGAGGAGGACCGGGCCAAAGCUGAGGCCUUGAACAAGAAGCUCCGAAAGCAGCUAGCCGAGUUCCGAGCACCACAGGUGAUGGUGUAUGUCCGGGAGAAGAUCUUACAUGGGGACCUGGAGAAGACCAUCAAGGUAUGGGAACGGAAAGUGGAGAUUGCAGAGAUGUCCUUAAAAGGCUACCGCAAGGCUUGGAAUAAAAUGAAAACCACCAAUGAGCAGUUGCAGGCAAUUUGCCCCCCUGGGAAAUAGCCAGGGGGAAGCAAUGGUGGC